UCUAGUCCCAGAUGCCAAACCAAACUGAUCUAUCAAAUCAAUACAAAAAUUUUUAGAAUAUCAGGGAAUAAAAAUGAAUUCUAUAAUUAAAAAGACAAUUUUGUCAAAUCCAUAUACCGUUCGUAAGACGGUUGGAAUAUUUUGCAAUGCUGUGCGAAACCAUUGGAAUUAUCAGUACAAACCGGGUCCCUAUCCCAAGACAAUGGAAGAGCGGGCUGCUGCCGCUAAAAAGUAUGGCAUGACUUUGGAGGAAUAUCAUCCGUAUCCCGAGGAUAUGGGUUAUGGAGAUUACCCUAAAUUACCCGAUAUUGGAGCAGAUUCAAAAGAUCCAUUCUAUCCCUACGACUGUCCGGAAUUGAAAAGAAACUUCAAUGAACCGAUGCAUAUUCAAUCAGAGAUAAUUGGAGAAGAUCGUUACGACAUCAGUAUGAAACCUAGGUUCUCAGUUUUGAGACAGUGCAUGUGGUUUUUUGGAGUUCUUGGAGCUUCAUUCACAUUAUAUUUAUAUCUGGAAGAUUAUAAAAUUGGUAGACCUGUAACUGUCAAACAGUAUCCCCAUGAAGGACCCCAUUACCUAUUUGCGCCUAAAUAGAUGCAAUAUCAAAUUUUUGCUUAUUUAUAUAGUCAAAAGUUAAUAGCGACAUUAAAAUAUUAAACAAACAUAAAAUUAAA